AUGGCGGCGCCGAGCGCGGACUCUCGGCCUGCCCUGCAGCGAAAGGCGCUAAUGGCCGCUGACAGAGGGCGCAGCCAGAGAUUGGAGGCAGCAGCUGGAAAUGGCUCUUCCCAGUCAAGGUGGCAGGGAAUUCCGGCUUGCCUGUGGCAGGCCCAAGAGCCACGGGAGGAAAAAACGUCUCUGUCCAUUCUGUCUGCCUUUGCUACAGAUGAAACGGACCGUGGGGUGGACCAGCAAGAUGGAAAGCACCACACCGGAUCCUCUGAGUGCGAGGAGAGCGACGCCAGCAGGGAGGAGUUGCUGAAGACCCGACUGCCCACGCGCUCAGACAUGAUCUGUGGCUAUGCCUGCCUCAGAGGCACUGCCGCCAUGCGGAACACCAAACGGGGUUCGUGGUACAUUGAGGCCCUCACCCAGGUGUUCUCUGAGAGGGCUUGUGACAUGCACGUGGCUGACAUGCUCGUGAAGGUGAACGCGCUCAUCAAGGAGCGUGAGGGCUACGCCCCUGGCACGGAGUUCCACCGCUGCAAGGAGAUGUCCGAGUACUGCAGUACCCUGUGCCGCCACCUCUACCUGUUCCCGGGCCACCCUCCCACGUGACGCCGUCCCCACAGCCCUGCCGCGUGGAGGCCUGAUGGGGCCUCUCCUCUUCUGGCGCACGGUUUCUCUUCCCCCUCAGGGAUUGGGAACCUUGGGGCUUGUGGAGCACGCCUGGGCACGCCGGGCCACAGGCCAGUCCCUCCUGUGGCGGCUCCCUCCCUGCAGAGCUGGCCCUGGCCCGACCGGCUGCGACAGCAGAGCAGCCUGGCCGAUGAUGUUGCGAACACAGCGUCUUUAUGGGGAGAGGGCAUGCGGGUUUCCCGCUGCUUGUGUUCGCUCCCUGGCCCUAGGGCUUUGGUAGACAGCACUUUGGUAAUUGCUUCUAUUACGUUAGCCAGGACGUUUCAGAGACCGUCUCCUGUCUUUUUUUUCCUUUCAUAUUCCAACCCCAUUUAUCCCAGACUGAGAGUUCGGAAGGUGUCCUGAUUCAACGUAGACGUUUUUCAUUUUGCCUCAAAAGGGCCAGCAGGACUGGUGGUACACUGCUGCUGCGGAUGUGGUCGGGACCACAAGGCUACCCAGUGGAAGGCCGGGGUUCUCCGCUCCACAGUUGGCUCCUCUGGGCUCGAGGAAUCCAGCCUCUCAGCAGGUUACAGCUUGGAUACCUUAUACCUGGAACUCGUUGAUCUUUGCCCAGGGAAGUUCCAGAGUUUUCUUAAUCAGUUUCUCUCUCGGUUUGUUUACUGAGAUGAACCUCAGCAGAGAGUGUUAGCAGAGGCAGAUAAGAGUGGUAUGCUUCCUCAUACUCUGUAACCUGUCACCUUAUCUUUUGCUUCCUCUGAAAUGUCCUUUUCUAAAAAAGCAUCCUCGUAGUUAUCUCCCUACUUCCUGUUUCUCCCCUUUCACCUUCAUCUCAUCCUGGUUACUGCUGCCACCAGAUCUGUCUAAAAUACUACUUAAUUGGAUCAUUCGGCUGCUCACGGAUAUCAUGUAGUAGCUUGUUCCUGCUUUCUGUUUCAGUAUUAAAUCCCCUUUUGAUUUUAUAUGGCCUGUUUUCCCUUCUCCCGGGUCUCCAUCUGAGGCUGUCACGGUAUGUGCUGUAUCCCCUAGAAGCUUUCUGUAUCUGUGCCAUACAUUGUGCUUUUCCUGUUCUUCAGGGACUUCUCUUGUUCUUCCAUUCUUGCCCCCGCCAAUCUAAUCUCUAUAUGACAGAUUUUGGUUUGGGGUUUUUAAAUACAAAUCUGAUCAUGUCACUCCCCUGCUAAGAUUUUUGUUACACCUGAAGUAAUGUGCAAACUCCUAACCUACCUUCCCCUUGAACCUCAUUAAAGGCUGAUUUCCCUCUAAGUGAUUGCCCUGGUGCCAUCCUCAGUUUCUCAAACAUUCUGAGCUCUUUCCUGCCCUGGACCAUCGCAGAUACUCUCCUAGGGUCUACUGAGCUCCAUUCCUCACAACUUUUAGCUUAAAUGCCACCUUGUGGAGGCCUUCCUAGGCCAUUCUAUCUCUAACUAAUCUUCCAUGUUUCUUUAUUACUCUGUCCUGUUUGAUUUCUUCAUUGCACUUAGCAUGAUUUAUAAUCACAUAUUUGCUUGCUUCAUUUGUUCAUUUCUGUUUCCCCUACUAGGGUGUAAGCUCCCUGAGGAUAGAAACCUUGUCUCUUUGUCUCUUUGGUUCACCAAUAUAUACCCAGUGCCUGGCACAUGGUAGGUCUUCAGUAAAUGUUUUUGGGUGAAGGAAGGAAGAAAGCAACCCUAGCUAGAAUCCUACUUCUGGACAAAAUUUCCCUUAAACAAUAUACACAGUUUAGUAUUUAUACUCUAGGUUUUUCUGUGUGUUUUGUUUUAUGCACUGAUAACUACUAGCUCAUGAAGACAGAUGUCGUGUGUCAAACACUGUCUUCUGCAUCUCCCAUGGUCCCUGGCACGUGCUCAGCCUGUAGUAGUUGAGGUGCUCAAUAAUACUUGUUCUGUGAGCCGGGCGGGGGGGUUGGAGACUUGGUGCUGAGUCCUGCCCUUGGGUCAGUAUCAUAUGGAAGUAUUUAGGUGAUAGAACGUUUCCAUUUCCCACUGCCAGGAUUUUAUAUUGCCUUCAGGUGCCAAAUAAAUGCUCAUAUUUAUUGCUGA